CCACGGGAGACCGAGGGAAGCUACAGGCUCUGAGCACCCUAGGCAGCCACCAUUAGCUACGAAACAUCGAUUUUGAACUGUUUUCCAAUAUAUUUGCUGAUUUAACGUACUUUAUCUGCAGGGAAUCUUUAAAUUUGUGAGUCAUGAUUUUAUGAACGUCUCUAGCUGACGGUAACAGUUUACCAUUGGCCACUUAACACUAGCCGCUAACUAGCUAAGUCAGCAAUCUAUGCUAAAGUAAUCGUCACAUUCACCAAAUGCUGGAGCCUGGAAAUUUAAAUGUGCCUGUUAUUUGUGUAAUGUAACAUUAUCGCCACAACCAUGUUUAUAUACCUCAGCAAAAAGAUCGCUAUUCCCAAUAAUAUCCAUCUAAAAUGUGUGUCUUGGAACAAAGAUCAAGGCUUCAUCGCUUGCGGAGGAGACGAUGGUCUUCUGAGAGUACUGAAGCUGGAGACUCAGACAGAUGAUGCUAAACUUAAAGGUCUUGCUGCACCCAGUAACCUUUCAAUGAACCAGACUUUAGAGGGACACAGUGGUGCAGUGCAAGUGGUCACAUGGAAUGAACAGCAUGAAAAGCUGACGACCAGUGAUCAGAAUGGACUCAUCAUUGUGUGGAUGCUUUAUAGAGGUGCAUGGUAUGAAGAGAUGAUCAACAACAGGAACAAGUCAGUAGUGAGGAGCAUGAGCUGGAAUGCAGAUGGUCAAAAGAUCUGUAUUGUGUAUGAAGAUGGGGCUGUCAUCGUUGGAUCUGUAGAUGGAAAUCGGAUUUGGGGUAAGGAGCUAAAGGGAAGCCAGCUUGCUCAUGUGGCAUGGUCGCCGGACAGCAAGAUACUCCUCUUCGGCAUGGCAAAUGGUGAAGUACACAUCUAUGACAAUCAAGGAAACUUCAUAAUGAAAAUGACCAUCAGCUGUCUUGCCAAUGUGACUGGAGCUGUCAGUAUAGCAGGUAUCCACUGGUAUGCAGGAAGCGGGGGUUACGUCGAGCCAGACUGUCCAUGUCUCGCCAUCUGUUUUGACAAUGGAAGGUGUCAGAUCAUGCGUUAUGAAAGCGACGAAAACCCAGUGUGCAUUGAUACUCUGAUGAAUGUGGUCAGUAUCCAGUGGAACCACUGUGGCAGUGUGCUGGCAGUGGCCGGUUCCCUUCGAGGUGCAAUGGAGAAAGAGUUCAAUGUGGUGCAGUUCUACACUCCGUUUGGAGAGCAUCUUAGAACUCUCAAAGUGCCUGGGAAGCAGAUGUCAGGAGUUGCUUGGGAGGGAGGAGGGCUGCGCAUUGCCCUGGCUGUGGAGUCCUUUAUCUACUUUGCCAACAUUAGACCAGAUUAUAAGUGGGGCUACUGCUGCAGCACGGUGGUGUACGCCUACACAAAGCCGGAACGCCAAGAAUACUGCGUGGUAUUCUGGGACACUAAAAACAAUGAGAAGUUUGUCAAGUAUGUCAAAAGCUUGAUGUCCAUCACCACCUCUGGGGACUUCUGCAUCCUGGCUAGCAAGGCAGAUGACACCCAGCCUCAGGAGGAUGCUGAGGUAGAAUCUGCGAGUCAUGGGAGGUAUGUCCUGAUUUUGUUCAACUCCAUCGGGACACCACUUGACUCAAAAUACAUAGACAUCGAUCCAAUGUUUGUUACCAUGACUAAAACCCACGUUAUCGCUGCAUCCAAAGAAGCUUUCUACAUGUGGCAGUAUAGAGUGGCAAAAAAACUGACCGCCCUGGAGAUCAACCAAGUGACAAGAACAAAGAAGGAGGGAAGGGAAAGGGUCUAUCACAUCGACAGCACUCCAUCUGGAGCUAGUGACACCAGCCCAGAUUUCACAAAGGCCUUCACAGCAACUCGAGAUCCCAUCUGUUCCAUUACAGCUACAGAUAAGACCCUGAUUGUGGGUCGUGAGUCUGGCACCCUCCACAGAUACAGUCUCCCAAAUGUUGUUCUCGUCCAGAAGUACACUUUGAACAACAGAGCCCAUUAUCUCUCCCUAAACUGCAACUCAAGUCGUCUGGCCAUAAUCGACAUCGCGGGCAUUAUGACUCUGUUGGAUCUGGAAGUUCACACUUCCACAGAUAAUGGGACAGGAAACCAGCCAUCCACAGGAGAUCCAUCUAAGUUUGAGCGCAAAGAUGUUUGGGACAUGAAGUGGGCGAAUGAUAACCCUGAUCUGUUUGCUAUGAUGGAGAAGACCAGGAUGUAUGUUUUUAGAAACUUAGACCCAGAGGAACCCAUCCAAACAUCUGGAUACAUCUGCAACUUUGAAGAUCUGGAAAUCAAAUCUGUCUUACUUGAUGAAAUCAUGAAGGAUCCAGAGAGACCAAACAAAGACAACCUCAUCAACUUUGAAAUCCGCUCCCUGAGAGACAGCCGGGCACUGAUUGAAAAAGUGGGCAUUGAAGAAGCUUCGCAGUUCAUUGAAGACAAUCCUCAUCCAAGACUUUGGCGUCUGCUUGCUGAGGCAGCCCUCCAGAAACUGGACCUUAAGACGGCUGAGCAGGCUUUUGUCCGUUGCAAAGACUAUCAGGGCAUUGAGUUUGUCAAGCGCCUGGGAAACUUGCAGAGCGAGCCAAUGAAGCAGGCUGAAGUGGCGGCUUACUUUAGCAGGUUUGAGGAAGCUGAACGCAUGUACCUGGAAAUGGAUCGCAGGGAUCUCGCUAUCAGUCUCAGAAUCAAGCUUGGAGACUGGUUCAAAGUGUUGGCCCUGCUCAAAAGUGGUUCUGGGGACAGUGAUGAUGCUCUGCUUGAACAAGCCAACAAUGCCAUCGGAGACUACUUUGCUGACAGACAGAAGUGGGUCAGUGCUGUGCAGUACUAUAUUAAGGGUCGUAACCAGGAGAGACUCGCCGAAUGCUACUACAUGCUAGAGGACUACGAUGGCCUUGAACGUUUGACCGCCGCUCUGCCAGAGAAUCAUAAGCUGUUACCGGAGAUCGGUCAGAUGUUUGCUACAGUGGGCAUGUGUGAAAAGGCUGUGAACGCCUACCAGAAGUGCAACCAGCCCAAAGCUGCCGUCGAUACGUGUGUCCAUCUGAACCAGUGGAACAAAGCAGUGGAACUUGCCAGGACACACAAUAUGAAGGAGAUUAAAUCUCUCCUUUCAAAAUAUGCGUCACAUCUUUUGGAGAAAAAUAAAACUCUGGAGGCAGUGGAGCUGUAUCGAAAAGCUCACCAUUUUCUUGAUGCAGCCAAACUCAUGUUUAAGAUAGCAGAUGAGGAGGCAAAGAAAAGGACACGACCUCUGAGGGUGAAGAAGCUCUACGUGCUGGCAGCACAUCUAGUGGAAAAUUACCACAAGCAGGUGAAGACGUCACAGCAGAGCAAAGGCAAAGGAAAGAAGACAGAGGCGACGCAUGCACUUGCUAGCCUGCUGGAGGAAGAUGCAACAUCUGCAGACAAUCGCAUUGUGGACAAUGCCUGGCGAGGAGCAGAGGCAUAUCACUUCUUCCUGCUCGCUCAGAGGCAGCUGUACGAUGGCUACUUGGAGAAUGCCAUGCGCACAGCUCUUCACCUGCGUGAGUAUGAGGACGUGAUCCCUCCUGUGGACAUCUAUUCUCUGCUUGCUGUCUGCUCUGCAGCCAACCGCGCCUUUGGCACCUGCUCACAGGCCUUUAUUAAGCUGGAAUCCCUGGAGAGUCUUGAUCCUGAACAGCGGCAGGCCUAUGAGGAUCUGGCCUUGGAGAUCUUUACGAAGCACAGCCCAAAGGACAGUCGCAUGAUCGAGUGGAACGCAUCAUCAGAAGGGAUGGAGGAAAGAUUUCGCACUUGCAUUGUAACUGGUCUGCCUGUCCAGGAGUACAGUUGUUGGAUUUGCAGUGUGUGCAAACACUGUGCUCAUGAUCAAGAAAUCAGCAAAUAUAACUGCUGCCCGCUGUGCCACACUCCUAUACUGUAAAAGGAGAACAAAAGAUGAGAAAAUAUAAGUUAUUUUCAUAGAAAACAGAGAAAUGUUAAAUCAUUUUAACUACUUUCAGGCUUAAAGUUUAAAGUUAAAGUUCCCGAACAGGCAGCUACAGAGGAGCUACCAAAACAAGAUUCACCCUAAUCUUUGACUUUUACUAUAAGCAGUGUAAAAUACUUAGGUUCUUUGUAUCUAUUUUCACGUAAAUAAAUAAUUCUCUUAAUAAAA